ACGCCCGGGGGUAGCAGGGUCGGAGUGUAGUAUAUAAAGGCGACAAGGCCAUCGGAAAGCCAUCUCCGAUCUCCCCGCGAUCUCCGAUUCUUUCUCCCCCUUGCGCGCGGGGCGCGACGAGAUACGCCGCCAGCCGCCUCCACCCCGCAGAGUAGACUACUGACCUGUGUGUAAUGUGAUGUGCCUUCUGCUAGCUGGCUCGCUCGCUGGCUUUGCUAUAAGCUAACUCCCCCUUCCUUCUCUCGGCUUGACUAGGUAUGCCCUUGUUGAUUAUAUUCACCGCUUGUGUACACAGCUGUACAGUUUGCAGCCGUGCGGGCUAUAGCGUUCAUCUGACCACAUCACACACGGUUGGUUUAUCUUAGCGAGUAUAACGGGAAAAAUUAAAGCGGCGCACGCGAGAACGCGCUUGAUUACACCGAGAUUUCGUGCGAAAAGGAGCCUUAUCGCGUUACCGUAUCUUAUUCAGAUAAAUGGCGCAGGAGGAAACCUUCGAGCAGUUCGAGGAUGAGGAGAGCGAGAUUCCUAUCGGAGGAAGCUUGACCAGUGGCCGGAAGAGGUUGUUCUCGAAGGAGCUGAGAUGCAUGAUGUACGGUUUUGGAGACGAUCAGAACCCCUACACCGAGAGCGUCGACCUCCUGGAGGAUCUAGUUAUCGAGUACAUCACCGAAAUGACCCACCGGGCUAUGGAGAUCGGAAGAACCGGGCGAGUGCAAGUGGAGGAUAUUGUAUUCUUAGUGAGAAAGGAUGCGCGGAAAUACGCCAGAGUUAAAGAUCUGCUGACAAUGAACGAAGAGCUGAAGAAAGCAAGAAAAGCUUUUGAUGAAGUUAAAUACGCAGGUAACGUCACUCAAUAACCUGCUUGUAUUGGUUAUAAAUAUAUAGCUGUAUUUUUUACAAGUUUUUCUUAUCUUAUGUAAACGGUUUUGUUAUUUUUAAGUACCAAUUUUAAGAAGAGAGCAAUAUAUAUGCAUGUUCCUUAAUUAUUUUUUAAGCAUGACUUAGUGGUUAUUGUUCUUCGGAUAUUUUUCCACGUUCUAGCUAUAAUUUGUCAGUACUUACUUUGUAACACAGUUCACAAGUGUAUUCGCCAAUUAAAGUGCAAUCUUAUAAAUUUAUUUUAUACAAUAUAAAGUUUUAUUUAUUUACAAUACAAGUUUAUGUUUUACAACUAAACUUUACCCACUGCUGUUUGUGAGUCAGCAAGUUUUUCAAUGCAUGCAUGCAUGGAAUUUUUUUUGAGUUGACAAAUUAAUGCAUUAAACAAUGUCGGAAAUGGCUCGUUUUGCUGACAGAAUAACGUCGUUCAGACCAACCCCGUGAUAUGACGAUCCGCAGAGCACCAAAGGGAUUUUAUGCGAGGAGAUAUAGUUUUGAAUGCGCUGCAUUCUUUGACUAUGACCAACCACGUACUGUGGAAUACAGUCCUUCAACACAGCUACAUCGACCUCGACUGGAUCUUCUUGUAUUUUAAGUAUAUUUUUCGUAUGCUUAACUGCUGUAGAUAGGAGUUGGUCAUUUGUUACGCUCUUUCCAAAGUAUUUGUCAAACCAUGCUCCACCCAUCAUUACCGUUAGUACCUGCAAAAUGAUAUUAUUUUAGCAUAUUACUAGUAUUAUACAUGAAAUUUUUAGUAUGUACUACUAAACAUACGUAUGUAAAAUGAACUUUUGGAACUCAGAACGGAUCUAUUUUUUUUG